AGUGGAUAAGUAUCCUGUUCAGCAAAAUGAUUCAUUACCCAACAGGAGAAACUAAGAGCAUGAUUUUAGCAUAUAUCAUCAAUUUUGUGACUUCGUUAGCCAUGAUCUAUGUUUUUUUCCAUUCUAACUCCAAUUUUGCCUAAAUUCUAAUUUUGCCUGACUUAGUCAAACUUAGAAUUCUAAUUUUGCCCAGGCAAACUUGGAAUUCUAAUUUUGCCUAGGCAAAUUCGGAAUUUGCCUGGAUUCCAAGUUUGCCUACAACAUAUAUGUCAAUGUAUAUAUCCACAAUAAAAUCAAAGGAACCGAAAUGAUACAAAAUAAACUAAAUUAGAAUUGAAAUUUUGACAUGCUCUCUAAUCAAUGUAAAGAGUUAUUGAAUAGAAAAUGCAGUCGAAUAAGGACAAAAUUUAAUAAAAGUAGUACUAGAAGAACAUUAAAAUAUUCAAAGAUGCCAUAAAUAAAUAAUGUUAUUGAUUGCAUACUAGAUUAUUAAAUUGAGAUUCUUCUGUUUUGCUGUAAUUGUUAGAUCUUCAAGUUCGUUUCUGUGUACUUUAAGUCCGUUUGGAAUAGAAGAACAGUGCAAAUAGACGUAAUAAAUGACUCUAUAUAACUUGUGAACAUUACAAGAUGAGUGAACUAUUUCGGUUAAAAUAUAAAAUUAGUGCUUUUCUUAGCUUAUCCCAUUGUCUAUUGCAGCGCGUAUAUAGAAAAUGAAAAGUGAUAAAGGAAAGUCAUGAUAGUCAAAAAGCGUUGUUCCAGCUGCUAAUCAUCGAUAUUGAGAGCCACAUAUCUCAAAAACUAAAAACCGUCUUUUUCUAGAAAUUAGAUCAGUAUGUAGUACAACGUCUGUACUUCAAACUAGUAUAAGAAGUGGAGAUGGACCUUCUCUAGUUAAUUUAAUUUUAAUCUGAGAAGUUAGCGAAAUAUUGGAUGAGCGCUGGUUCUUUCGGACAUUGAAUAAAUGGAUAUAUAGAUUAAAAUAGAAAGUUUGUUCUUUUCUUGUCUCGAAAACUCGCUUUUUUUAAGAUCAAAAGAGGAGUAGACUGAAAGCGAUACAUUUGAUCUCUAUAGUUGAAUUAUAUUUUCUUCUCUUUGUUUUUUAUCAUCUAGAAUUGCCAUUUGAUAGGAUUUCUGUUCUGUAACCAAGCAACAGAAGAGGACUACAGUUACUCAGAAAAUCUAGAAAACUCGACAAACAUGUUCUAAAACAGCUUUAAAUCAUGAAUAACCCGGACAGACGUUGUCGUUUCUUUGAAACAAUCACUUUUGUUCAACAGCGCUAUGUUCAACGAGAAUAAACGCUACUCACUUAGCGCCUUCUAUAAAAGUAACUAUCUUCGCAACCGUUGAGACGUCAUUGAUGAAACUUUCAGAAAAUGUUUAACUAAUAGUCGUUAUUCAUUACCCAAAAUUUCAGCUCAAUCCGUCUGGCGAAAAAAAAGUCGACUUUUUCAGCUCUCUCAUAAUGUCAUUCACCCUUUUGUUUCGCUAUUGUAACCAAUAUAAAUAUUAUGCUGAUUCUUUGGAUGAAACUUGUAAUUUUAUCUGUUCUUCAAUUAUACAAUCACUGACACUUGUCUCGAGAAGGUAUAACCCUCUAAAGUUUCAACCACUGUCCCCAACUUCAAUCUUUCUCAGGGAUCUCAUCAGGUGGUUUCCAUCGAGAAAGAUAAAGAGUUAAUUUACGACAAGCAAAACAAGUCCACAUCGUGUGAGGGCGUUAUCAUUCUUUCAAACAGUGAAAGGGGCCCAAUAUCGAUAGCCACUGCACAUACCCGUUCUUUUAUAAAUUGCCAAUUAUUUGCAUAACAAUACUAUUUGUAUCCAUAAACAAAAGCAAUUUAAACGAUAUUAUCUACCAUUUAUUGUUUUUAAUCUGCAAUGAUUAGUUUGAAAAAGGUAAAACGUGCACGCGAAGGACAGACAAAGCUGUUUUUAAUUUGUGAGAAACAAAAAUGUUAAAGCUUUUUAACAUUCUCAUAUUUCAACGAUUCACGUAGACUGUCAUUGUUCUCACUAUAAAUUAUAAAGCAUAUCGCACUUUUGUAACAGUUAUUCAGUAGUGAAGUGCAUUUUUUUUAAACACGCCCAAAAUACAAUGAAUUAUUAUGUAUAUUUAAUACUUUUAUGUUUACUUCAAUUUUUUUCGAUCUAUGGUAGCUAUAUUCAUCAGAAUAUUGCUGAUCCUGGAACAAAAUAUAAUGAAGGUAAGUUUCAGAAACGUUUUCAAGUGAUUUUAGUGCCACAAGGUGUAAUAUGAUAUUUGUCUCAACAAAAACACGAAGCAGAGCGAACUAUCUCUGGAAGGUUUUCGACUGUAUGUUUUUCGAUCAAAAUUCAGACGCAGCGUACAUUUGAGGAGAAAGUUUUUUGAAAGCUUCUGUUCUUCUAAAACGGAGCAAGCAUUAACCAGAUAGUUUUUGAGUGAUGAAGAACAAGUUUCAAGUCUUUUGUGAUCCUUUCAGUACUACUGUCGAAUGCUAUUUAUGGGUACUCUAUCGUGACAAAACAACUUUGAACAGAAAGAAAAAAGCCUUAGUUUUCAUAAAACUCGGUUUUCACUAAGCUUCUGAGUUCUUUUCGGCAUUGCUGAAAGAUUCAGUGUUGUCGAUUUAGUAUGUCUCAUCCGAUGUCAAGAGUAUUCGAAGUCAUCGGGUACGAGUCCUGUGACUCAAAGGAAAUCCGAUCAGUUAGAUGCAGUGUCAUUCCUAGAACCUAUGGAAAAAUCUAGUAGUUAAGUCACAAAGACCGAUGCCAGGCUCGAAGAAAUUUCAUAUUAACGUAUAUUGUAGACUUUUUCAAGGCUUAUCGAAAAAUCUCUAUUGCACUACGUUAAAUACUGGAAGUUACAGAGAAACUUUGUUUUUACAGUCAUACUGAUGGUGUUACGGGAUUGUUUGUUUUCGAGCAGAUUUCACUGGAUAUGUUCAACCGGCAGCGUUCAGAAGGCCCAAAUCAUCCUAAUUAAAGAAGUUAUUACGAUAUAUUUCAAUUAGUUAAUCAGAUAUUUAUUUUAACAACUCACUUCUCAGAAGACAGAAGUUUAAAAACUAUGAUCGCACGUGCAAUAUUUCAGAAUUGAAUUGCGUGUAAUAGGCUUCUGGGUUCUUUAGCUUUAUAAGUGAGGCCUCAGUCGGCAAGAUUUUGUUCUGCUAAUUCUAAAGAACAUCGGAAAUUGCCUGAAGUUCAACUAAUACACUCAAGUUAUGUUUUAGUUUUAAACAAACUGAAAAAAUAUAUAUCGUUAAUAAAAAAAGAAGAUUAAUAUGAUCAAACUGCGUUCAGUAAGCUCAGUGGCUAGAGCUUCUGAUCCGGAGAUCAUGAGUUCGAUCUCCGGUCGAAGCACAUGAUCCUCUCAAUCUUUCUUAUAAAAUAUCAUCCCGAAUGAGAAUAGGAAUUCUAGUACGUCACAAGAAGCAAUGUACAGCAAUGAACGAUAGAUUCCUUACGUUCAUUACUCUUCGUUACUUCGUUCGUUACUUUGUUCGUUACUCUUACGAUAACUAUCGAAAAGUUUGCUAUUUUUUGCAACUUUUCAAAGAUAAGAAUUUUCCAUGGGGCUCAACAACUUGUGCAUAGUGAAUAAAAUGUCUCUGUUAUAGAUAAUAUACUGCUAGAAGUGUUGUAAACUCACAUCCUAAUACUAAGUGUUCUUUUUCUUAAUUUAGAAACAAAGUUUCCGCCAUAUUUAACUGAAGAUGAUUUUAAACUAGCUGCUUCCUUACCCACAACAACAGAAAAUAUAAAUAUCACUCAGUAUUACUUAAAAGAUGAUCAAAUAAGGAGCGCACUUGAUAGUGCUAGGUGGCCAAAUGGAGUCGUUCAUUACAUAUUAGAUGAACAUUUAACAGAACAUGAGAGAGCUGAAGUAGCCAAAGCUUUCAAUGAUUACCAGGUUAAAACAUGUAUUCGUUUUGUACCAAGACAAAAUAAUGAACAAGCAUUUGUUCGAAUUAUACGUGAUGAUACUACAUGUGGUUUAGCCAUAGUGUGUCGAACAGGCAACGAACAAUGGGCAAAAUUUGGUGGUGGAUGCAUAACAUCAGCAGUAAUGGUCCAUGAGCUUGGUCAUACACUUUGUUUUGGACAUGAACAAACUCGUUUUGAUCGUGAUGACUAUAUAUCGUAUAGGCCGGGAUGCAACCCCGAUGGAAAAGACAAUAAUCACGAAACAAGUCGUGAAUUAUUUUAUGAUUAUCUUAGUUCUCAACAUUAUAAUAAUGAUGGUUGUUAUGAAGCAAAACUGCCUGGUAUUACAACAUGGGGUGGAGACGGUGGAUUAAGUGUUUUGGAUAUCAAUAAAGUCAAUUCAUAUUAUGAGUGUGGUGGAUGUUUGUCAUACAGAUGGAAACCAUAUGCAAAAGUUGAUGCGAGUACAAUGAUUGCAGGUGGGAAAGAAUAUACUGGUGAACAACAGUACAUUUGUCGUGUUUAUCAUAAUGGUGAUAUUAUACCCGGUAAAGGAAGACCAAAUCACGGAUGUUGGGUUGGAUAUAAUGGUGUAGAAUAUCACCAUACAGAUAAUUAUGAAAUGCUUACAGAUCCGUCACGUAGUAAUUCAUAUGUUUGGAGACAAGACGAUAACCAACCAUCAAAUGCAAUUGCUGGAGGAAGAGAUAGUUCAAGAAGUACACUUUAUAUUUCAAAAUGUCAUUUACAAUUACAUGGAUAUAAUUUACAACUAAGUGGUAAAUUUCAUAAUGGCAAAGCAUAUGCAACGUUCGGUUUCGUCGAAUAUACAUGUCCACCUGGAUCGUAUGAAAUACUUGUUUGUUAG